GUGUGUGAAAUAUGGCCGCAGUGUCGGUUGGCUGGUUUGUUUAGUGCUAUUAGUGCUAUGCUAAUGUUAACAAGUAAAGAGCCGUUUCCACCUUAGUUUUUUCGUGGUGUAUCACGAAAUUUAGGAAUUUCCUGGAGUGUCAGCAUCGGAUAGUCAUCGACCUACGCCAGGAAGUAGUCAUGAUAGUGCAAGAACCGGUUCAGGCUGCCAUUUGGCACUGCCUGAAUCACUACGCAUUUGCGGAUGCCACAUUCCUCGCAGAGCGGCUGUACGCGGAAGUGCACACAGAUGAGAGCCUACACCUGCUGGCGACGUGCCACUACCGGGCUGGCAACAAGGUGUCGGCUUACUCCCUGCUGCGGUCCCACGGCUGCCGCUUGCCCCAGAGCCGUUUCCUGCUGGCCCGCUGCUGCCUGGACCUGCGCAAGUUUUCGGAGGCUGAGCUGGCGCUGGACGCCGACACGGGCCUUGCGUCCCGGACCUCGGCCAAAGCUGGCCUCGACGAGCUGGCCGGGUCGUUCGGCGACUCGGCCUCCUUCGCAUUGGCGCUCGUUGGCCAGUUGUGCUCGCGCACGGAGCGGAGCACGCGGGCCGUCGAGGCCUUCAGGAGAAGCCUUAAACUCAAUCCCUUUCUCUGGUCUUCGUACGAGUCGCUCGUCAAUUUGGGCGACACGCCAAACCCCGCGGAGAUCUUCAGUGUCUCCUCCUUAGACAACUUCAACCUGUGCCAAGGGAGCAACCCCCUCGUCAACUUCGUCAACAAAACAAACGUGGAUUUCGUUGCCGAAGACAUCAAGAUGGUGGCCAGCCAGGGGAUGGGCCAGUCGAAGCUGUCCGUGCUGCCGCUGCCCUGCGACGCUUCACCCGCGGUGCAGGCGCCCCUUCUGGUGGUCCGGUCAGGGUUCCUGACGCCCCAGGGGGACUGCAGCCCCCUCCCGGCGACCCCCGACCUGGGUUGCGAACCCCUCCUGACCGGGGUCAAGGCCCCGGCCAAGCAGCACCUGUCGUCGAUCAAGGGAGUGCGGAGCGUCUUCGGAGGCGUUACGGCACUCAGUCCCCUGUCAGCUUCGUUUGGGGUGCUUCCGCUGACGACGUCUAGUCUGGGCACGCCGGCCGCUGGAAGCUUCACCGGUAUGCUGGCCUACGUGACGCCUACCUCUCAGAACAUCCUCGAGUCUAUCGUCAAGGAGCCCUGUCCUCCCAUCAAGAAGAGCCUCUCGAGGAAACCUCAAGGCUUGAACACAGCAAAGGUGCAGAUCUUCAGCCAGUCGAGCAACAACAACCUACUGCAGACACCCCCCACUGCCGGCUUCCCCUCCAGCGGCCUGAGCAGUGUGCGGCGGAGCUCGCGCCUCUUCAGCAGCUCCAAUUCCGUCAAGGAGAACAACAAGGGCAGCUCUUCCCCCAAGGCCUUGAGGGGCCUUGCGGCAAAGUCCCCUUCCUCGAAGAAGACCAAGCCAUCGAGGGGCACGCUCAGGGGCUCCGGCCCGCCCAACACGCCCGCCAGCGUUACCCCGGUGGGGGUUGUGGCGUCGGGCGGGGUGGUGGGGGAGAGCGAGUUCAACGAGCUCAACAAGAUGGAACCACCGCCCGCCGUGUCGCUGGCGCAGACUGUGCUCUCCAUGCAGAGGGCGUCCGCCGAGGGGUUGAUGGAGCUGCUCCAGGACCUGGGACGGGCCCAGCUCUAUCUGGGACAGUACCGGGUCAAGCAGGCCAUCGAGACGCUCCAGGACCUGCCUCCCCACCAGUACAGCACGGGUUGGGUGCUGGCCGCGCUGGGACGUGCCUACUUCGAGCUGGGCGAGUACGACAAGGCUGUGCGCGUCUUUGAGGAGCUUCGGACGCUUGAGCCCUACCGUCUGAAGGGCCUCGAAUACUACAGCACGUCCCUGUGGCACCUGCAGAGGGAGGUUCAUCUCUCCACCCUUGCGCAAGAGCUCAUGGACUUGGACAAGAACGCAGCCACUACGUGUGCGGUGGCGGGCAACUGCUUCAGCCUGCAGCGGGAGCACGAGACGGCGGUGAAGUUCCUCCAGCGAGCGGUGCAGGUGGACCCCGACUUCACGUACGCCUACACCCUGCUGGGCCACGAGCUGAUCUCGGUGGAAGAGGUGGACAAGGGGCUGGCCUCCUUCCGCAACGCCAUCCUGGUGGACCCGAGGCACUACAACGCGUGGUACGGGGCAGGAAUGAUCUACUACAAACAGCAGCAGUACCUCCUGGCAGAGAUGCACUUCAAGCGAGCGCUGAACAUCAACCCGCAGAGCUCCGUUCUGCUUUGCCACAUCGCUGUGGUUCAGCACGCGCUGAAGAAGACGGAGAUGUCCCUGACGACGCUGAACAGUGCCAUGACGAUGGAGCCCCGCAACCCGCUGUGCAAGUUCCACCGGGCGUCCAUCUUCUUCAGCCUCGACCGCUACCAGGAGGCGCUGAAGGAGCUGGAUGAGCUCAAGCAGAUGGUGCCCAAGGAGUCUCUAGUCUACUUCCUCUGCGGAAAGGUGCACAAGAAGCUGGGCAACACCCACCUGGCCCUGAUGAACUUCUCGUGGGCCAUGGACCUGGACCCCAAGGGGGCCAACAACCAGAUCAAGGAGUCCAUCGACAAGCGGGGUAGCCCCGAAGACGAGGACAAUGACGCCUCCCUGCUCAGCCCCAGUGCCGCCACCCCGCACAACCUGCCUGCGGACGACUCCGGCAGCGUGGGUUCCGGAGCAGUGGAUCCCGACUCUUCGCACGGAAGCUCGGUGGCAGACUUCAACGACAUGCACCUCCAGUCGAUGGAAAGCGACGAGGGCUUCUAGCCCGCAGACCACAACGCCAACGUCAGCCCUCCUAGCCCCCGUUUUCCGCCAUGCUCCGAACGCGAACCCUCCCCCAAAUAGUCGUGGCUUCGGACGAUUUUACUCCAGAGGACUGUACUCGGGGUGUCCCUAUCGCAUACUGUUGGACGGCAGUCAACGGCUCGGCGAAACUUCUCGGACGGCGGACAACACUUUGGUGGAUGUCCUGGACGGCAGAAGACAUCCGGGCGGAUGUCUUUGAUUUGCAAGUUUUUAAAUGAACGAGCAGUGUGGGGGCCACCCGAAGAUUUCCUUUUUCUUUUAUUCGGGCUUUUUGUGCUUGUAUUAUUGUUUUAAGUGGCAUAAAAAAACAAGUGUUUCUUUUUUUCUGGGUAUCGACUAGCUUUGGCUGAAUGAUUGUGUGUGUGGUUGUUUUUGAGUGUAUGUUUGAACUAGCAUUUUCGUUUGCAUGUGAGAAUGACUUUUUUUUUUUUGCUUUUUUUUACAAAUUUGCUGUUUAUGUUUGUUUAUUUGUGUUGUACAUUUUUCUGGAUCGGUUUUUAAUUAAAAGAAAUAAUGACGGCAGGGCAGCAGUCUCUUGUUUUAUUUACGGAGAAGGAACCGCCAGCCACAAACUGAAGCCCUAUUCUUUUCCUAGAAAAUUAUGCAAAUUAAUAGCCACUUUUUUCUCACUGCAUUAAAUAGACCUUCCUUCAAGCUGUUUGUUUGCCUGACUGAGCAAGAUUUGUGGUUUUGUUUUGCGUCAGUACCGUUUCCACUCGUCCGUGGCAAGGCACAACGCUUGCAAGGUGCCCUUGGUGACGAAAAUUGUGUAGUUGCCAACAUAAAGCCUCGACUAGCUAACAGCAGCUAAAUGGUUACAGCUAGUUUCCCUGCGACAGCUGAACGAAGGACUUCUAGUUCCGCAACCGUCUGUUCUGCUUGAACAGCCCAAACUAGGCAGUGUAUGCCAGCAGUCGUUUAGGUAAAAUGGACCAUUCAUUAAGCUUAAGGUAAUGGGGAAAGCUUUCUUACAACGUUCAAGAUGGACCUGUCGAAUUCAACAUCCGACGUGCUCGCUGUCAAAUUGUGUCUCCGAAUGCUCUGUGAUUCGUUCUUCGUCGUUUUUGUCCGGCUAAUGCCGCAAUCUUAUGGCCGCAGACGAAUAAUUAGGUGCACGGAACUCGCCACACCCUGCAUGCUGUCCGUGGCUCUGGCCUAGCUUCACCUGCACAAUUGAUUUCACGUACUGUAUUUACUAAACUUUCAUUUUCUUUCCUUGGCGUGAUUGGAAAAGUGGUACACAACUCUUCUUUAAUUGGAAGUUUUUCUACACCGUCAUCAUUGGUUCAACUGGGCAGGACGUUGCAGUUUGAUUGACGAGCAUGGGCUGUGCAGGCUUGUCUGACGAAGUGACCUGCAGAGGGCAGCCCUCUCUGCGGGUCACGUUAAGUUGAGACGAAUGAAAACUAGUGGGCAUUGGUGAGGCGAACCGUUGGAUAAGUGGGCUGGACAAAGUGUGUCGAUUUUCCACGAUUUGGUGUCUUGUUUGCACGCUUGCACCUUAUUCGUAUGUGUGAGAGGAGGGGAGGAGGGAUGUUGAUUUAGCAUUGACUUCACACAAUGUUUGUGUGCUACAUGUAGGCACAGUGUUUGUGUGCUACAUGCAAUGUGCAAAUCCAGUAGUAUUCCUUCAUUCUUCUGUUCUCUCGUGCUGAUUUACUCAAGCUGGGUGAAAAAUGAUCAUUUGUGGAUUCGGGUGACCCACAUUUUUUUUUUUUCUUGCCUUUGCCAGAGAUUUUUGUGUUCAGUAUAUGUUGCUUAGAUUCUUCUUUUUUUUUUUUUUAAGAAUUUUGGGAACAUGUAUUUUGCGAACGCAACGUAUACAGAACGAAUCCUAUCUUUUCCUGUAUAGUCUUGUAGAUAAAUUUCACCUUUGUCGGCUUCGCUCCCAACAUGGUCGGUGUUUCGUCCUAGGUUAUUCAUUUUUCUUCCCCGCGUUCUUUUUUUAUUUCAACAUCGAAAACAAGAGAAAGCUUCAUGUUAUUGCUCAGUAGGAUGUAUAUUUUCAUUUGUAAAUAUCGUAAUUACAAGCGAUGAUAAUAAAUACUAUAUCGAGUAAAA